ACACAAAGAAGCCCAGAGUCGUUAUACCCAGGAGCAGAUACAGGGUGUGUCCGAUUCAACCUCAAAGUUGCAUAAGCAAGAUUUCAAAAUGAAUUCUACUCUGGAGACCUAAGCCCAGUGUACAAUGUUCCUGGCUGGAAAAGAAGAACUACAUCACUCUUUGUUUUCAAAUCUUUACCAUCACUCGCCCUUGUAUCUCCGCCUUCUCACUCUGCAGGAAACUUUAUUUCCUACUUCUGCACACCAAGUUUCUACCUCCAGUUCUGUUUGGUUCAGUUGCUGAGAAGCCUGACACAUCAGUGCCACUUGGAAGAAGCAACAGACCGGGCAGAGGAAGAUGGAUGGCAACGACACGCUUUCCCGGUUCAGCCACAACGUGCUGCCCACAUCUCACUCUCUGCUUACAAUGAAUAUCAAGGGGAACGAUGAAGAACCCACCACCAGUUAUGACUAUGACUACAGUGAACCCUGCCAAAAAACCAGCGUGGGACAAAUCGAAGCCCUGCUCCUGCCCCCACUCUACUCACUGGUGUUCAUCUUUGGGUUUGUGGGCAACUUGCUGGUUGUCCUCAUCCUGAUCAACUGCAAAAAGCUGAAGAGCAUGACUGACAUCUACCUGCUCAACCUGGCCAUCUCGGACCUGCUGUUCCUCUUCACCAUCCCGUUCUGGGCUCACUAUGCUGCAGACCAGUGGGUCUUCGGGAACAUAAUGUGUAAAUUUUUCACAGGGCUGUAUCACAUUGGUUAUUUUGGCGGAAUCUUCUUCAUCAUCCUCCUGACAAUCGACAGGUACCUGGCUAUCGUCCACGCUGUGUUCGCUUUAAAAGCCAGGACGGUCACCUUCGGGGUGGUGACCAGCGGGGUCACCUGGGUGGUAGCUAUCUUUGCCUCCCUCCCAGGCAUCAUCUUUAUCAGAUCCCAAGAGGAACAUUCUGGUUACGCCUGUGCCCCUUAUUUUCCACUAGCAUGGAAGAAUUUCCAUACAAUAAUGAGGAGUAUCUUGGGGCUGGUCCUGCCACUGCUCGUCAUGGUCGUCUGCUACUCGGGAAUCCUCAAAACCCUGCUUCGGUGCCGCAAUGAGAAGAAGAAGCACAAGGCUGUGAGGCUCAUCUUUGUGAUCAUGAUUGUCUACUUUCUGUUCUGGGCUCCCUACAACAUCGUCCUUCUCCUGAGCACCUUCCAGGUAUUCUUUGGCCUGAGUAACUGUAAGAACAGCAGUCAGCUGGACCAAGCCAUGCAGGUGACCGAGACGCUGGGGCUGACGCACUGCUGCAUCAACCCUAUCAUCUACGCCUUCGUCGGGGAGAAGUUCAGAAGGUACCUCUCCGUGUUUUUCCGAAAGCACAUUGCCAAACACCUCUGCAAACAAUGCCCAGUUUUCUACGGGGAGACAGGAGAUCGAAUGAGUUCAACAUACACACCUUCCACUGGGGAGCAAGAAGUCUCAGCUGCCUUGUAGAGAAGUGGCAGUUCGCAUACAUACACAAUCUAUGUAGAAUAAAAGGCUUCCAGGGUUUGUUGAACAGGACUCUUAAGUCUCUAAAGCAAGUGCCCGGGAACCACAGGGUUGUGUGACCCAAGAGAGACUUACGUCACUCCCUGUAGAGCCAACAGGUGCUCAGGGAAUGUUCCAGGACAACUGUAGGCAGAGACUUGGACCCUCCAAUGAGCUCAUCGCAGCUCCUGGAAAACGUCACUUCGCCUUGUGCUCUGCUCUUUCCCUCCUCUUUACCACUUCUUCGCUCCCUCUCUGAUUCUACCUAUCUCUUUAAUCAAUCCCUUUCAUCAGCUGGAGGUGGGGGAGAGAAAGGACAGGCACGGGUGAACAGAAUGAGGGUGAGGGGGGUCAGGACCGAGGAGGAUGAGGCGGAAGUGUGAGCAUGGUUGAGCAUGGAUGAGGAUGCAGGUGAGGGGUUCACUGCCCAGCCAGGCACUGGCCCUUAGCUCCGUCUCCUACCAUCUUUAACUUUGAAGGCUUCCCCAGAUCAUGGAGAGCUUGAGAACUGUCUGAACUUUCUUUCCAGGAGCUUGAGUGGGACCCCUGAUCCCCUUCUGCUAAGUGCAUGACACGUGUCUGCUUUAGGAUGGUUUGGCUGUAACAACCAUGAACGCUACAUUUGAAAUCUGUUAAAUAAGCGCUAUUGUUCACAUGCUUCUUAGGCCUCAUCCUCCUCUACAAAAAUGUAUCAAAUGUUUGUUUAUAAAAUAUGCCUAAUCCAUAAUGAGAAGAAAAAC